CGGCUUUCGUCGUCGGGGCGGAGGGCCGGGGUCGCCUGUUGCUUCUCCACGGGGCCGCGAACGUCGCCUGCCCCCGCGAGGAGUAGGGAGGCCCUCGUCUCGCUGAGGGAAGGGCUGGUUCUCGCUCCUGAGGAAGGUGGGAGUCAAUCACUUUGACAAGUCUCCUGAAAGGAACAGCCAGAAGGAGCUGACACCUCUUUCCAUUUGGUCUCGUGGCAAAGGCAGAGAUUGCUCCAGCAGCUCCGCACAAUAUGACGUGCUCACUAUUGCCCUCUGAACAGUCUUCUGGUACCUCUCUUUUGCCUAAAGACAAUGCCUCAUUUUCUUGGGGUUCCUUGGAUGAAGAUGAAUUGGAUGACUCCUUGUUGGAGUUUUCUGAUGGGGAAGAAGAUGAUGGCCACUUCAGUUUCACAGAGGAAGAGAUUGAGAUGCUCUUGAAGGAUGAUGAUGGUGGGCAUGAUGAGUAUGGACAGAGAAAGUGUCAAAUUCUACCUGUUACUCCUCAAGAAAAUUCUUUGUACAGCUUGGGACCAGCAGCUGAGACCCCUGGCUUCUUCAAACUACCUCAACUAAGUACAUCAGUUGGUCAUGGACCAACUCCUAGUAAAUCAUUAAACAGACACUUUGUACUUGAAAAGAAUCUUAUAAAAGUAACUGUUGUUGCACCAUUUAAUCCAACAGUUUGUGAUCCUGUGCUUGAUAAGGACAAGAUCGAUUCCUCCAAAGAAAAACCUGCCUCCCUUGGGGAACAGCCGAGAGAAGAUGAUCUUCAUCCUAGUGAGAAUAAACGUUGCACUGAACUGGAAGGGGUCAGUCCCAGUAACUCUGCUUGGGAUGGGCCCCUGCUUUCUUCUCCUUCAAACAAUAACACCGAACAAACUGCCUCUGAUAAAGAUAUACCUGAAAGUAAGAAACCUACUCCUGUGUUCUCUCAGAUCUCCAACCAUUCAGAGGUACCUAACAGGGGAUCGUCCUGGAAAAAUAGUGGAUCACAUAAAUCAGGUUGUGAAAUGAGGACUCCGGUUGUGUCCAGUUCAUCAAACAGACAUGCUUUUGACAAGGAUUCUGGGGAGGUGAAAGGUGAGAGAAGACUAGGCAAAGUCAUUCCUGUUCUCCAAACCAGAACCAGGAUGUUUUCACAAUCAGAUCUAGAAAAACAGAAGGACAUUUAUAUCAGCAAAGUCAUUGCUCAUAUAGAAGACCCAGAGGACUCUAACCAAGGUACCUUGGGAGAGCUAGAUGCUCUGAUGGACCAAGUUCAUAUGCAGAACCCAGACUGGCAGCAUCCUUCAGAUCUUACUACACGAAACUAUGCCCGGUUCCGGCAGAAACCCCUGCAGAGAUACAGUCUGAGUCAGUGGGUUGACAGAAACAAGCGGAGCCACCACCGUUUCCAGCGCCUCCCAGACUUCUCGUACAGUCCAUAUGUGUCGCCCCAUCAACAGUGACAGUCCCUGCCCAGGACCCAGUCCACAGCAGCGUCUUAUCUCCUUUGCUAUUUUUGUUUGUAUAUUUUGAGUUUUAUAUUUCACAAAUUUUUUAUUUAAAGUAUUUGUCACCUUUUGGAAAUGCCCAUUACUGUCUUAAUUUUUUUUUUUUGAGGAUCCUUCUGAUUUAUGUGUCUGUCUGUACAUGUUUCAGCAAUAUUAAGUAGUAGUUUUCUGUUUUCUUUCUUUCUUAUGAAUGUAAAAUGAAGGUAGCCCCCUUUUGAAGGCCUGCAUUACUUCAGAACAUCCAGGCUUAAGUAACAUACCGGCUCUUAGCUCUUAGAUGAUUACCUCAAGGAAAUCAUCUUCCAGUCUUCUGUAAGGAAGGGAUUGUUCUGCAGGCCACAAGCCAGUGUUAUUGUUGAUGACUCGUGAAUGGGCAGAAGUCACUUUUAACAACUCCUCUCUAAAUUUGAGUCUCUUGAGUACCUGUCAGUAUUUUAAGGUUGGCGAUUCAGGACAUUUAAAAUAAGAUGGAGUAAGAGAAAAGUCCUGUUGAAAGGAUAAGUUAAAAAUGUAAAUCCUCUCCUUUGUGUACCGAUUAGCUGCCUUUAUUUUUUAAAGCUAUUGCCUUUUUUUCGUUUUCUGUUAACUAUAUCUUGCUCACAGUGUUUGUAAACCUUACACAUCGUAACUGACAGAAGACAGCUGACUAACCCUU